AUGAGUCGAAGGUAAAAUGCUAAUGAUGAAAACUUGAAUUGGAUUCUAAAAUAUCCAAAUGAAUUUUCAUAAGAAGAUUUUGAAUCUUAACAUAUGCAUGUACUUAAGUAAGAACAAUUUGGGUAAUUAAAAGAAUCAGAUGAAAUUUUGAAUGCAUAACUUUAUACAUUUUGGAAUGGAACAUUAGAAUAUAGUAAAUUUAUAUUAAUGCCAAAUCUAUUAAUCAAGGUAACCAUUUAAAAUACUCUGUUAUAAAUACCAUAAUCUUAAUUUAAUUAAGGAAGUGCUACAUAUUAUUUAUCCUUAUCAGAGUGUACAAUUACAUAGAAAAUGAUUUAACACAGAUCACAAUAAGCAUUUGGUAUGCUCUUAACAAAUUCUAUUGGCACUACCUAUUUAUUCUUUUCCAAUUUUGUAACAUUCAGAACCUGGUAUAAAUAAAUGAAACAAUUUUGUAAACUAACAGGUUUCUUGGAUAAAUAUAAGUUGGGUGACAAAUUAUUACCUGGAUUCUAUACAUGCACAAAGAAAAAGAAGAAAACAUAAUAUACUGUUCAGAUUUAUAAAAGUGAUGAUUUUGAAUAAUGUCAAGAAUUAGAAGAUGCUGUCUAUAAUGAAAUAUAAAUAUUGAGAAGUAUUAAACAUUAAUCCUUACUGGAACUAAAGAGAGUUUAUUAAAAUAAUAAAUAUCUUUUUAUAGUAUAUGAAUAUUAUAAAGGAGAGACCCUCUUUAAUUUAUUGAAUUCUAAUCUCUAAUUACAUGAAGUACAAAUUGCAUCUGUAAAAAUUUAUAAUAAUAAAUAUAGAUUAUCUAUUAAAUACUCCAAGUUGUAAAAUUUCUUAAUUAGCAUCAAUUUUAUCAUGGAAGUAUUAAUCCUUAGAAUGUAUUAAUCAAUUCAUAGCAUCAAAUGCUUUAAAUUACACUUAUUAAUCUCUCAUUUAAGGAAUAUAAGGUUAAUGAUAAAUUAGAUUGGAUUUUGAAUAGAGCAGUUGAAUCUUUCUUAGCCCCUGAGAUCUUUGAAGGUAUUGCACCAAAUAUAUCGACUGAUAUUUAUGCAUUAGGAUGUGUAUUAUAUUUUAUGACCUAUUAUGAUUCAAAAAAAUAUGAAGUAUUUUAAACCUAAUUUAGUUAUAGAUAAAAAAUGAAGAUAAAGAUUUUUAUAAUGUUAUGGACAAUUUUGAGAUUCAAAAUAAUCGUAUAGAUGAUAGUGAACAAUUAUUAAAAAAUGGUUUCUAAUAAAAUUAAUCAAAAAGUAAAGUUAGUUCUUCUUAAUUGGAUCUUCUAAGAAAAAUGUUAGAAACAGAUGCAAGUAAGUAUUUUAUACUAUGAGAUAAAAGAUUAACAAUAAAAGAAGCUACUAAACAUCAUUGGUUUGUGAAUGUAAAAAGUAAAAUUAAAUCUUUAAAAGUGGAAAGAAAAAGAAAAAAACCACUUCCAAGUUUAAGAACUAUUAUUGAAUUAAGAGAAAUGAGUGAAAUGGAUGUGAGAAUGACAAUUAUUUAACAAUAAUAAAGUGGAUUGAAUGCUUUACAUAAUAUGAAUUCUAAAUUAUAAUCAACUCCUUCAAAUACUAAACGUACAUUAAUUUACACUUAACAACCUUCUAAAUUAAGUUAAUUUGUUGCAAAAAAUGAAUUUGAUGAUGAUUAUGAAAGUAAGUAUUCUAUUCUUAAAAUUCAGUUCCUGAUGAAGAUCUUUAUUUAGAAGUCCCAGUGAUUAAUCGUAAAAGAGAACCUAAAAAGAGACCAUCCAAUAUCAUUUUGCUCUGA